UUGUGUACAUCCUUUUCUUUCAUCGAACCUCUCUACCGGUUGGUUCUCUUGCCGCGGGGUACGUUGAUAUCGGUGGUGGGAUUCAUUACCUUUGGUAACGACACGGAGUUCGAAUCAACCUAAAGCCAUGGAUGGUACGAGCCAGUCGUUGGAGCAGCCCUCCACAAAAUCAGGCCAUGGUUCCCCCAAUAAUGCUCAAGACGCCAAGCCUCGUCUUAUGCUGAUGGGCUUACGUCGGAGCGGCAAGUCGUCCAUCGCUAGUGUUGUCUUUCACAAAAUGCCACCCAAUGAGACACUGUUCUUGGAGUCCACGACCCGUAUACAGAAGGAUUCAAUCCAUUCAUUCAUGGACUUCCAGGUUUGGGAUUUCCCGGGUCAGCUGGAAUACCUGGAGCCGUCCUUCGAUCUUGAGAACAUCUUCGGAAGCCUGGGUGCUCUUGUCUGGGUCAUUGACGCUCAGGAUGACUACCUAGAUUCUGUGGCGCGUCUCAACCGCACGAUCUUGACCGUCCAGCAGUUUUAUCCCAAUAUCAACAUCGAAGUCUUUAUCCACAAGGUGGACGGACUCUCGGAUGAAUACCGCACCGAUACGUUCCAGGACAUUGUCCAGCUCAUUUCAGACGAGCUCAGUGAUGCCGGGUACGAGAAUGCCCCGGUCCACUACUACCUCACUUCCAUCUACGACUACUCCGUAUUUGAGGCCUUCAGUAAGGUCAUUCAGAAGCUCAUCCCCAACCUCUCAACGCUGGAGAACCUGAUCAACACGCUUGCCAACAACUGUGGUUUCGAGAAGACCUAUCUUUUUGACGUUCUGAGCAAGAUUUACAUUGCGUCCGACACUCGGCCCGUCGAUAUGUCUUGCUACGAAAUGUGUUCCGACUACAUUGAUGUUAUCGUGGACAUCUCGGAACUGUAUUCCUGGGACCACCCGGACCGUAAGCCCAAGGGUGAUCAGAAUCAGGAGGCCGAAAGCCACGUUGUGUUGCAUGAUGAGACGAUGAUCCAUCUGCUGGAGAUGAACAAAUACCUUUGUCUUGUCUCAGUCAUCCGAAACCCCGAGUCCAAGGAUAAGAAGGGUUUGAUCGACAUGAACUGCCGUACUUUCCAGGAAGCCCUUAAUGAUGUGUUCUCUCGCAGCUGGGAACAAGAUCAGGAGCAGAACAGAAUAACCGAGGAAUAAGCCUUCCAGGGUCACAUCAAACAAUAUCAGCACAGUUGUUUAAUUUGUACCAUUGUCCCUACA